UGUAUGCUCAUACUAUAUAUUAUCGUUCGGUCACGCUACUAUAAAUUGGAGUUUUCUGCAAGAAAAUUAUCCCAAACUCUGCACAAAACUCUAUACUACUUAGACCUUAAAUAAUGAACAUGCUUCGAGGUUUGAGUUUGUUCAGAGCUAAAGGGGUAGUGGAAAUACUUUGUCGAUCGAAUUCGAAAGUGCCAUUCAACAGAGUUUAUAUAAACCAUGGAAAACCACAACUACCAUGGCUUCUUGCUCUACGUACUGUACACAGCUCGUCGUCCUUACAGAUGCGAGUAUACUCCUACGAGGAAGCGUUCAAGAGCUCUAUCGAGGAGCCGGAGAAGUUCUGGGAUGAGGUGGCUGAAGGAAUAGAUUGGUAUAAACCGUAUACGAGAGUGCUAGACCAUUCUAAUCCUCCCUUUACGAAAUGGUUCCCGGGCGGAGAAUUAAAUACGUGCUACAACUGUCUUGAUCGACACAUCGAGAAAGGACGUGGUAGUCAGACAGCACUGAUCUAUGACAGUCCAGUUUCUGGGAAAAUUGAGAUGUAUUCUUAUCAAAACUUGCAAAGAUUAGUUGCUAAGUUUGCUGGAGCACUUGCAAGUUUGAAUGUGUGCAAAGGAGACAGAGUUAUUAUUUAUAUGCCAAUGGUACCUCAGGCUGUUGUUGCUAUGUUAGCAUGUGCAAGGAUUGGUGCUGUCCAUUCUGUUGUAUUUGGGGGAUUUGCUGCUCCAGAACUUGCUAGAAGAAUUGAACAUGCUGAGCCUAGAGUUGUUGUAACUUCUUCAUGUGGUAUUGAACCAACUCGUCUUGUACAUUAUAAACCAAUUCUUGAUGAGGCCAUAAAGAUAUCAAGCCAUAAGCCAUCUACAGUAAUUCUACACCAGAGAGAUCAGUCUUCUGGAAACAUUAUCCCAGGACAAGACGUCACUUGGGAUCAAGUCAUGCAAAAUGCUGAGCCACAUGACUGCGUACCAGUUGAAUCUACAGAUCCACUUUACAUCCUCUACACUUCUGGGACAACUGGAGAUCCAAAGGGUAUUGUACGACGCAAUGGAGGUCAUGCUGUUGCACUUAACUGGUCUAUGAAAAAUAUCUAUGGCAUUAACCCUGGAGAGGUUUGGUGGGCAGCUUCUGAUCUUGGAUGGGUGGUGGGACAUUCGUACAUCGUCUAUGGCCCUCUUCUCUCAGGAUGUACAUCAAUUCUAUUCGAGGGUAAACCAGUAGGUACUCCUGAUGCGGGAGCUUUUUUCAGAGUUAUUGAACAACACAAAGUUGUCAGUAUGUUUACUGCACCAACAGCCAUUAGGAUCAUCCGAACUGAGGAUCCUAAGGCAGAAACCAUCAAACAAUACGAUCUAUCCCAUUUUCGUGACAUGUUCUUGGCUGGUGAGCAUCUGGAUAAAGAUACAAUGCAUUGGGCAAGACGUGCCAUCAGCGCUCCUGUCUAUGAUAACUGGUGGCAGACAGAGUCAGGCUGGGCCAUCACAGCUCAUGCAGUAGGACUGGGACGACCGAUGGACGAGCAUUUACAAACUACUGGAAAACCUGUUCCGGGAUAUAACGUUAAGGUGUUAAGAGAGGAUAUGACCGAGGCUGAUCGAGGAGAAUUAGGGCAGAUAGUGGUCAAGCUCCCAAUGCCUCCUGGGACGGCUGGUACUUUAUGGAAAGCAGAUGAAAAAUUCAUGAAAGCUUACUUUGAAAAAUAUCCGGGAUACUACGACUCUUGUGACGCGGGUAUAAUAGACGAAGAUGGUUUCGUAUCCAUCAUGGCACGUACCGAUGACGUAAUCAACGUAGCAGGCCACAGGAUCUCAACCAAAGCGCUUGAGGAGGGUAUCAUGAAACCGGAGUUUGUAAUCGACGCGGCGUGUGUUGGGUACAAGGAUCCUAUCAAAGGUCACGUGCCGUUGGGGUUCAUCGUUGUGGACAAAACUUCAGAUAUGAAAAAAGACGCGAUGGUGGCUGAAGUGAUACAAAGUGUACGUCAGUUCGUUGGUCCUGUGGCUGCCUUCAAGACAGCAAUCAUCGUAGAUGCACUUCCUAAGACUCGCUCAGGAAAAACAGUCAGAGGAAUCUUAACAAAGAUCAUUCAUGGCGAACCUUACAAGAUUACUCCAACAAUGGAAAACCCGCAAGUCUUGGAUACUAUCAAAGAUAAACUCGUAGAAGUCGGUUUCUUAAAGAAAGAGUAACAAGUGUACGUGACAUCAGUAAGAAACCGUCGUGCAUCACGGGAUAUUUUAGGUGCCAAUUCUUGAAAUUGGGCCAAAUAUCAAACAUUAUUGACUUGAGGAUAUUCAAUGAAAAUCUACUUCAUAUUCUUUGUGCUGUGAUUUUUGUAUGUUACAUUUUCUAUGGAAAUGCACCAGAUUCUAUAUUUUGGAUGUUUUUUUUUUUUGCAUAAACAAAUCGUUUUUAAAGAGAACUCGUUUAGUGCAUGAUAUAAUAUAACAUUCAUUAAUUUCAGAAAUCAAAAAUACAAUUCAGUCUCAAUUCUCAGUUUGAUAAGCAGGAUUCAUUCUGGUCUAGCUUGGGUACCAACAACAUCAUAUAAGGCAUGGUGAAGAAAACAUGUUUGUACUCAAGCUAGACCACAAUGCACCAAGGUAAAAACAACACUUUCUUGUGGCUGACGAAAUCUGAUCAAAGCAAAGAUACUCCUUGGGUGUCUAUGCUUAUCUAUUUAUCAUUCUAUUAGCCUUUCAGAAGUUGAGAAAAAAACUGGGUCGAGUAGGGAUUGCAGUGCAUUGUGGGACUUUCUGUUUUAGGGGAUAGAUUUCCAAGAUGACGUCUUGUCAGUCCUACAAUGCACUGCAAUGUCAACUCUUUUUUAACUCAGCCUCGUAAUGACUAUUAAUUAUAUACGGUGGUUAACAAUAUGCUCGACCCAACAAGCCUGAAGCGAGAUGUCGUUUUACCCCCGUCUCUAGACCAUAAUCCUUUUCACACUGCUUUUGUUCUUUAAUUAUGACUAUUGUUCCUGUAUUCUCUAAGGAAUGAAAAAUUUUAAUAUAAAAGAAUUUUAAAAACUAUUAUGGUAUAGAGUGGGGGGUAAAACGUCAUCUCGCUUCAGGCUUAUUGGGACACAAAUUCAUGACUUCUUUUGUAAGCUUUUUUUAGUAUUGAAAACUAAAAUAUUAUUGGACAGAACGGGUACAAGCUAAUAAUGUAUAAAUUAUGAAGAAUGGGCUAGGAUGUGUUGGUUUCAUUCUCGUACCCAGACCCUUCAUCUUUCCAACUGUUUUUCACUGAGAAGGGUUUGGGUACGGAAAUGGUGUGACUGUAACAGAAGGAAAACUCAUGUUAAAAUAAAGGCGUGACGUUAUGUAUGGUUAUCUACAUUAUGUGUUGCUGUUCCUUAAAAGUAUAAAAUAGAGGAAGAUUUAUUAUUGCAUUGAUAUAUCUUGUUAUGUAACUUUUUAAGAUUUUGAAAAUAUCAUGAAUAGUUUAUUCUACAGUUUUGUUUGAGUGAGAAGCGUACGAGCUGCAUGUGACGUCACUAUUAAACUACUCAAUUCCUUCUUAACCAAUAAAACAGCAAUAAUCAGUA